AUGGGCUCUCGCUCAGCUCCUACCAGAAAUCGAGCCUUAUGGCUCUCUUCGUUUGACAAGCCUUUGGAACUUGUUGAACUUUCGGCCCUCGAAGCAACAGCUGGCUCAGUAGUUGUCAUAGUUCUGAAUACUGUUAUAUUCCCUUAUGCAGAAGAUAUUCACACUGGGAAACUUCCCGUCUUCAACCUUUCUCUUCCCCUAGAGCCACAUCCAAGUCACAUCGGCCGGGUGCACAGCUUAGGGUCAGAUGCCAUACUCGCCAAACCGGGCGAUCUGGUGUUCUUUUCGGCUGCCAUCUAUGCGCGAGAUGAUCCUAGCGUCAAUAUCAUCCAGGGUCACCAUGGCGGAGAGGGCACGAGAGGUCGCAAGCUCAUGAAUGGAGAAUGGCGAGACGGUGCCCUCCAGGAGUAUCAAAAGGUUCCACUGGAGAAUAUUUUUGUGUUGGAUGAAGAUCGACUUUGCAAGCAGCUCGGUUACACUCCUGCGGAUCUUCAUGAGAUCUCCUUCUAUACCAUUGGCGUUGGAGCUGUACUCGAGGCUGCCAAGCUGGCAGCGGGGGAGACAAUCGUUCUCGGCCCAGCCACUGGGACCUACGGUGGUAUUACGUCUGACGUGGCACUUGCUCUAGGUGCCAAUGUCAUUGCUAUCGGUCGCAGCGAAGGGAAGCUUGCCCAGCUACAGAAGCAGCUUGGAAAUCACGAACGAUUUAGCUAUGUUGUCAUGACUGGCGAUGAUCAAGUCGAUGCGGCUGCGAUCCGGAAGGCAAGUCCUGACGGACGCGGUGUCGAAGUCUUCAACGACUGGGCGGUCGUCCUCAGCGGAGCACCUUCUGGAUCUAUCACCGUUCCUUAUACCCUAGUGAUACAUCAGAACAUCAAGAUCAUUGGCAAAGUCAUGGUAACUCGGGCGGGAAUCGAGUCGACUAUUAAGAUGGUGAACUCUGGGGUUCUCAAGCUCGGUAACCGUGGGGGCUCAAGCCAUAAGGUGUACAAAUUGGAGGAACAUCCCGAAGCUUUCGAGGAUGCGAAGAAGAAUAGUGGCUUUAGAGUUUAUACAGACAUUGCACCUAAUGCAUGGUAG